AUGUCCGGUCCAAUUGACCCGGAAACUAUCUACACCAAGCAAACAUGCAUCGGUGGUGGAAGCUUUGGCAGGGUAUACAAAGGUCUGGAUAAGCGCACCGGAGAGUCCGUGGCUAUCAAGGUCAUUGACGUCGAGAGCGCCGAGGACGAUGUCGACGACAUCAUCAAAGAGAUUGCCAUCUUGUCCGAGCUGAACUCGCCCUAUGUCACCAAGUACCAUGGAUCGUACUUGAAGGGGUCCGACUUGUGGAUCAUCAUGGAGUUUUGCUCUGGUGGUAGUUGCCACGAUCUUCUGCGGCCUGGUCCUAUUCACGAGGAAUACAUCGCCAUCAUUUUGAGGGAGCUCCUGCGCGGGCUGGACUAUCUCCACAGUGACCAGAAGCUGCACCGAGACAUCAAAGCUGCCAAUAUUCUUCUUACUGCGAGUGGUCAAGUCAAGUUGGCUGACUUUGGUGUGUCUGGUCAGUUGUCGGCGACAAUCUCCAAGAAGAACACGUUCGUAGGCACCCCAUUCUGGAUGGCCCCCGAGGUCAUCAAGCAGUCUGGAUACGAUUACAAGGCCGACAUUUGGUCCUUGGGUAUCACUGCAAUUGAGCUGGCCUUCGGUGAGCCGCCUUACGCUGAUAUUCACCCCAUGAAGGUGCUGUUCCUGAUCCCGAAGAACCCACCUCCAACCUUGGUCGGCAACUUCAGUAAGCCUUUCAAGCAAUUUGUGGAAUUGUGCUUGCGUCGGGACCCUCGGGAGCGCCCAUCAGCCAGGGAGCUGCUUGAACUCCCAUUCUUGAAGCGAGCCAAGAGAACUACCUACCUAACAGAGCUCAUUGAGCGCGCGGAGCGUUGGCAAAUCACCCACGGAAGUCGAGAUGAGGGGGAUGAAUAUGAUGAGGUAGAGCCUGAGCAAUCACGAGAGAGAUUACAAGAGAGAGAAGAUCUCUGGGACUUCGGUACAGUUCGUCCAGUGCGACAGACGGCUGCAGUCCACGUCCCGCCGAUGAACAUUCCUAAGACCAGCGAGCGCCCCACAGAGACUGAGGAGUGGGAUCUGUGUGAUGAGACCACUCGACAGUCGGGAACAUCACAACCUCAAUCGCGACUUCGAACCCCGUCAGCUCCUGCUCCUGACAUUGCUCCUACUCAAGUUCCUCUCCCUCCUUCUGCACCACCUACUCCUCUCAAGCAACAUAUCUCUCAGCCCCCUCUUCAUCCACACAACGUCGUGCCUCCUCUAGUCUCUAACAAACCUUCCCCUUCUGUUGAAAAUAUUCCCGUCAGAGGCCCGAACGUGCAAUUCGCACAGGCAAGACCCGAUUUCCCAGCUUUCGGCAUCCCACCGGAUCAUGUUGUGAGCAGACCAGCCCUUCAUUUUCGUGACUCUGCUAAUGUCAUGGGGCUCCCACAGCCCUCACGCUUCCAGCAAGCAAAUCUCCCCAGACCUCCCCGAUCCAUAGAGCCAAUGCAGCAACCACAACCAGCAACAGGCCUCAAGUCGAAGCGCGCUCCAGCAAACAUGGAAGACCGUUCUUCUCCCUUCCGCGCAACCCCACCCUCCGCCCCGCACGACCAGAAUCAUUUCAGCCGCGCUCAGUCCGAGGCUGCGAAGCCCACUGCCGUUGGAACUGUCAUUCUCCCCGCUCUCCGCGCGGCGAUGGACCGUCGCCGCAACUACCUUGUCAGUCUCGAACCCGGACGCAAUCCCAACGAUCCCCCGCCGACCGUGGAGGCGGACAGGGAGUUCGACCGGAACGUGCGCAUCCACCGCAGCCUGGAGAAGGCCGCUGAGGACAUUGCCCGCGCGUUCACCAACUUCCACCAAUGGGAUCAGGAGGGACCUGUCGACAUGGGUGGUGGUGUGGAUGCAGUUCUGGACGCGUUUCUCGAGGAGGUCCUCGUCCGUCUGCUACCUGCUAACCAGACCGUGUAG